UCUGACAUUGAAAAAAUUGUUUUGUUUUUUAUAUUAAAUAUAUCUAUAGAAAUUGGUAAAUUUAUGAAAAUAGUGCGCAGUUUACUUUAGACCUGCAACACUCACUGCAGUUCCUCUCCUAACCAAUUGGUGUCACUAAUGAAACAACAGUGAUGCAAAUUAUUAAAAAUUUCUUAAAAUGUAAUCAUGUUUUACAGUGCUUUGUGGCUAUGUUCCUACGGAAAAUGCUUGGUGAAGAAACUAUUUAUUUUUACAGCGACCUCAUCCAACUGCGAACGUUUUCGCCACUUUACCUAACGGGUUGGGUAAUUUGUGUGUCUCUUGGCUUGCCCUAUUUGAACAAUGGCCGCAGAUUGCAAUCAUUUAUGGCGUUUAAGGGGAAACGCGCUACAAAACAAAGUAACCAACCCUGUUUUUAACACCAAUGCUCAGCUGCAGAGCUUAGAUGUUUUUAAUGCUCCUGAAGACCGGGGACCUGAUGUGGAGAUCCUAAGCAUGAAAGAGGAAGAGGAUGAACAGCAGCUUAGUGUGGAGACGGAUCCCUCCAAGUUUUCGAUUACUACAGUUAGUUUGAAAGGUGAGGACGAUGAAGAGGAACCUCUCUCUUUAGAACUUCGUCAGCAUCAAAUGGAAGAAGCUGAUGAAGAGGUCUGCAGAGAACAAGAAUCUCCUCGCAGUCCAGCUUUUCACACUUGUGAAGCUGAUUCCAGCUCUUUAGAGACCGAAGACAGUGAGGAUGAUGAAGAGGACAAUCCAGGAUUAAAGCUGAAACUCCUGUCAGACUCUGGGCCAAAUAUUGAAAGCGAUGACAAAAACUGUGAGGAAAGCAGAGGUCCUGGAUCAGAUGUUGAUCAGAUAAUAAUUGAAGAAGCACCUGAAGAUUGGAGACUUGAUGUGGACCAGCAGGAGCCAGGGUGCCUUGUCAUGAAAGAGGAAAAUGAGGAAGUAUGGACCAGUUUGGAAGGAGAGCAAAGGAAGGAUCUGGUGAAAGUAGAAGCUGACGGAGAAGACUGUGGAGGAACAGAAACCAACUGGAGCCCAGGUCUAAAUACUCACGAAUAUGAUUCCAGCUCUUCAGAGACUGAUGUCAGUGAGGAUGAUGAUGGUACAAAUCCUGACUCUCAGGUGAAACUCUUCUCAGACUUUUGGGCAAAAACUGAAGAGGGUGACAAGGACCAGAACUCGGGUGUAACCCGCAUCAACAGAUCCUUUAGCUGUUCUGAGUGUGGUAGACGAUACCUCCACAACUGGUCUCUUCGACGGCACAUGACAAGUCAUUCAAAAAGUUUUAGAGCGAAGACAAGUGCAGACUUGAACAAAAACGGAGAGACAACUCUGGGCUCAUUCAUUUGUGACGACUGUGGUAAAAGUUUCAGCAGAAAGACAAAUCUAAACAGACACAUGCAAGUUCACACAGGACAGAAACUGUACUGUUGUGUUCUGUGUGGACAAAGGUUUAGACAAAAGGCACAUUUGGAAAGACACACGAGAAUCCACACAGGACACAAGCCUUUCUUCUGUCAUCUUUGUGGACAAAGCUUUUUACAAAAGACGGGUUUAAACUUACACAUGAGAAUCCACACAGGGGAGAAACCAUUUGGUUGUGACAGCUGUGGACAAAGUUUUAGCGAUAAGACAAAUUUAAACAGACACGUGGCAGUCCAUGCAGUACAGAAACCAUUUAGUUGUGGUGUUUGUGGACAAAGUUUUAGCCAAAAGACUCAUUUAAAAGCACACAUGAAAAUCCACACAGGACAGAAACAGUUUGAUUGUGAUGUUUGUGGGCAGAGUUUUAGCGAAAAAACAGAGUUCAAUGCACACAUAAGAGUCCACACCGGAGAGAAACCUAUUAUUUGUGAUACUUGUGGACAAAUGUUUAGCCGAAGGUCAAGUUUAAAAGCACACAUGAGAAUCCAUGCAGGACAUAGGCCGUUCGUUUGUGAUAUUUGUGGUAGAAGUUUUGGCCAGAAGACAAAUUUGAAAACACACAUGAUGAUACACACCGGAUCGAAACGUUUUUGUUGUGAUUUUUGUGGACAAAAGUUUUACCGGAAGUCUCAUUUAAGCACACACACAAGGAUACACACGGGACACAACCGCUAUCCUUGUGAUGUUUGUGGACAGAGUUUUAGUCAAAAGUCAAGUGUAAACAGACACAUGAAAAUCCACACAGGAGAGAAACCAUUUGGUUGCGAUGUUUGUGGUCAAACCUUUAGCCGAAAUGCUAUUUUACACAUCCACAUGCGAAUCCACUCGGGAUAUAAACCAUUUGGUUGUGAUGUUUGUGGACAGUGGUUUAGCCAGAAGAGAAGUUUAACGAUACACACGAGACUCCACACAGGGCACAAACCGUAUAGUUGUGAUGCUUGUGGAAAAGGUUUCAGCGAUAGGACAAAUUUAAAAAUACACAUGAGAGUCCACUCCAUAGAGAAACCAUACUGUUGUGAUGUUUGUGGACACAGGUUUCACCAAGUGACAAGUUUGAGCAGACACAUGAUAGUCCACACAGAGCUCAAAUCCUUUGGAUGUGAUGUAGACAUGGCAACCCAAAUCGCUGAAAACACUUUAGCUGUAAAUGCUAAAGCAACCCUUAAAGAUGAGAGCUCACAGAAUUGAAACUGCAUAGCUCUGACACCUCAUUCACAGAGGAACAAAUGCAUUUCUGUUUCUGCGUAAGAGUGUUAGGGCCGCUAAACAGAAAAAAAAACAAGAGAAAUCUGUCUUUAAUCUCAGAGUUUUUACUCAGAUUUCUGACUUUAAUCCCAGAAUUUUGACUUUAAUUUAAGAAUUUUGACAUUUUUACUCAGAAUUCUGACAUUUUUCUAAGAAUUUUGACUUUAAUCUUGUCAAAAUUCUGAAAUUAAAGUCAGAACAAUCUUCCUUUCUUUUUCUUUUCAGUGGUCCUAAUCCUCUUCUGUAGGUUUCUUAACAGCUUUUGCUAAAACAAAAAAAAGUUUGGUCUAUUCAUAGUGUUCACACCGGCUGAGGUGCAGAUCCGGAUGCGGAGCUCUGGAAAGUUUCUGCAUGGAGUCUUGUUUUUCCAGAUGCCACAUGUGGAUUAUCAAGAUGUGAAAGAAAUUACAUGAGCCAGAAAUGAAGUGAGAUGUGGUUUAGAGAGCUGCAUACGAUAUAUUUCAAAAUAAAACCAGUGUUAGGUUUUUUCCAGUGUAUGAUGGUUCAUGUUUUUGUUUUUGUUUUUACAAGUAAACCUUUAGACAUAUGUUCAUUAUUUUAUCUGCAAAGUAACAGGUAACCAGUGGUCUCAUUUAUCAAACAUUACGUAGAAUCCUUACUAAAACCGUGCUUAAGCUCAGCAAAGAAAAUGUACUUACGCCAAGCAGGUUUGUGAUCUAUCAAACAUGGAGUACGCACAGCUGCACGCAAUCUCCGCUUCAUAAAUCGGAGACUAACGAGAAUGUUUCUCAGCUGCUUUUUAGUCCCAUCCCGCCCUCACUACGCCCACUUACUGCCAUAAAUAGUCACUGCAAAGAGCCUUGUGAAUCUCAUGCAUAUGCAUAAACCGGCUGUUGCAGCGCUCCGCUAAUGACGAUGGCAACCGUAGAUCAAGACAGAUCAAGGAAACUCAAUUUCACAGAAGCAGAAAUUGAGGUACUUGUGGGUGAGGUGGAGAAAUGAAAGGAAGUGCUUUUGCAAAACAAAUAAGAGAAAAUCCGCAGAGUGGCACAGCGUUGCUGAAGCCGUCAAUGUUGUGAAUUCUUCAGAGAGAUCUGUGGCGGACAUAAAGAAAAUGGUCCAAUUGGGAUUUGAUCCCCAGACUCCCAGGUGAAAGUCACACACGCUAACCAGUCACCCAAACGGAGAUCUCACCUGUACAAGUAGGCAGGGUGCAUGAUCAAUCGGGUCACAGUGACAGGACACGGCCACAGUCGCAUGACAUUCUGUCUCAAUCUGUCCCCCUGCUGAUUUUCUGCAUUCCGUAUUCUGCGCUUCAGGCUGUGUGUGUGUGUGUGCGCGCGCACAUGUGUGCAUUUGGGGGGUCUUGUUCUGUGUGAAAAUGAAGCAGCACAAGUGAUAAUGCUGCAGGAUUUCAUAAUUUUGUCCUUCUCAGCAGCAGCACUGCAGGUGCUCUCCAUGUCCAACAUGUGCGUAAGCCAGGUCCUUAGUCAACUUAAAGUUGUGCACAUUUUUCAGAUCAGUUCCUGCAGUGAACCCUACUCCCUGGUUUACUGACAGCCUUCGCAGCCUAAGGCGCCAAUGCAAAAAAAUUGAGCGCUUGUGGAAGAAAACCCAUCUCCACGUCCAUCUGCUGCACCUAAAGCAUCUUCUGACAUCCUUUAACUCUGCAGUCAGAGAUGCUAGGGUUUCCUAUUUCUCCAACCUGGUGUCCCAGAGCAAAGGGAACCCCCUGCCUCUCUUACAGCCUCAAUCCACUCUGUUGCAGACUGAGAACUUUCUGUCUUUGUGGACAAAGUCAAUAAGGUUAGAUCUAGCAUCUCUCCUUCAGCCUUAUCGCUGCCUCUCCCGACUCCAACCAGGCCCAUCAUCCUAGAUAGCUUUGCUCCUGUUUCUUUGCCUGAGUUAACCAAACUAGUUAACUCUAUGAAGACCUCUGCAUGCCCCCUCGACAUCUUACCCUCAUCUUUGUUUAAAAGUGCUUUUCAGUCCAUCAGACCCAGCGUGCUCUCUAUAAUUAAUGCUUCUCUGGUUUCUGGUCAGGUCCCUACUUACUUAAAGAACGCUGUAAUCCACACGCUUCUUAAAAAACCGAGUCUUGACCCCUUUCUCCAUAGCAUAGAAGGUUGUGGCUAAACAACUCACAGCUGCUCUUGAUGAACAUAACAUCUAUGAUAGCUUCCAGUCAGGUUUUCGUAGAGCUCAUUCUACUGAUACAGCUAUUCUUAGGGUCUCUAAUGACCUUCUGACUCACAGUGAUGCAGGGGACUGUUCUGUUCUGGUCCUGCUGGACCUGACUACAGCCUUUGACACUGUUGACCAUCACCUGCUACUGGAGAGGCUGAGAGACUGGGUAGGCCUAUCAGGAUCUGCUCUGGAGUGGUUCUCCUCUUAUCUUUCUGAGCGCUCCUUUUCUGUGGCCGUCUCCAAGUUUAGGUCCUCCACCACCUCCCUUACCCAUGGUGUCCCACAAGGUUCUGUGCUGGGGCCUCAGCUCUUCCUCCUCUAUCUGCUUCCUCUUCAGCACAUCCUGAGCUCCUUCAAAGGAAUCUCCUACCAUCUUUAUGCAGAUGACAUCCAACUGUACAUCUCCUUCAAGCCCCAUGAGAUGUCAAAGCUGCAGCUGUUACACACCUGCUUAGACUCUAUCAAAACCUGGAUGGCUGGGAACUUUCUGCAGCUGAAUGAAGAUAAGACUGAGAUCCUCAUUUGUGCCCCAGACAAGCUGGCUCCCAAAGUCAGAGACUCUCUGGUCAGCUUGCUUCUCACUCCAUCAGGAAUCUUGGCGUGACCUUUGACCCAGCUCUCACCCUGGAUUCUCAUGUCAGUUCUCUUGUUUGCUCUUCCUUCUUCCAUCUCAGGAACAUUGCUAAGCUGAGUCCAAUUCUGUCCCGCUCUGAACUUGAGACAGUUCUCCACACCUUCAUCUCCUCCUGCUUAGACUACUGUAUCUCUCUUUUCACGUGUCUGAGCAGAACCUCCCUGAACCGUCUACAGGUGGUUCAGAAUGCCUGUGCUCGGCUUCUGACCAAGUCCUCCAAACACACCCACAUCACCCCGCUUCUCCUCCAGCUUCACUGGCUCAUUUCAGGGUUCAUUUCAAGAUCCUGGUUCUGGUCUAUAGGGCCUUACAUGGACAAGCACCAUCUUACAUUGGUGAUCUUCUUAGUCCCUACACCCCCAGCAGGUCCCUGAGGUCCAGUGAUCAAAGCCUACUGGUUGUGCAGCAGAAGGCUAAAGACCAAAGGUGACAGAUCAUUUGCUGCUGUGGCCCCCAGACUCUGGAACUCUCUCCCCCUGAGCCUGAGAUCAGUGGACUCAGUGGGCUCCUUUAAAAAGCAGCUGAAGACUCACUUGUUCAAGCUGGCUUUUGUAUGACCUUCUUCACCACUCUCUCUUUAUUCUGCUCUCUAUUCCACCUUCCUCAAGAUCCACUGAUUUCCCUCUUUCCUAUUCACUCUCUCUUUCUUAACAUUUUUUAUCACAAUUGUCUAUUUUUUGCUCAUUUAAAAUAUAUUUUUAACAAUUUUCUAAAUUCUUUUUUAUAUUUUUACAUUUUUUGUUUUUGUGAAGUGCCUCGUGAUUUUUGAGAGGUGCUAUAGAAAUGAUAUUUUCUUCUUCUUCCACUGUUUUCUUUCAUAAAUCCCAAAGUUUGCGUGGAAGGUUGCUUACGCAGUUUUCCGACCCCAUUUUGUGCGUAAGCAAGCUUGAUAAAUGAGGCCCCUGGUCUUUUACAGCUUUGAUGACCAUCGUAACCCCGUAGACACUUUUGAGUGAGGCUGAACAUCUACUUACUAAUUAAUUCAUAAUUAUAAAAUUAUUAUAGAACGUAUAUAAAGUAAGUUUCAAUAAGUAAUAUAAAGAAACUAGUCAAAUUAGCUUAAAUUUACAAGUAUAUAUGUUUUUUUAGGCAUUUGUUUACGUGCCACUUAUAAGAUGUCAUUUUAUAUGUUGGACUUUUUAAAGGACUCUAAAAAUGUGUAUUUUCAGCUAAAUAUGAACAAUGUUUGAGGUUGUUUUUAUAAAAGAUGAGUGGAUAUCUUACAUUUAAUUCUAAAUGUUCCAUCUGAUUUUAUUUCAUGUUUUUGAUGCAGGCUUACCGGAACAGAGCAACUUAUUCACUUAUGUCAGUGAUUUCACUUAAAAUGUGAAACUAAAAUCAAAUGCAUGUAAAGCCAGAUAUGUUAGAAUCAUGAUUAUAGCUUAGUUUAUGAAAACUCCACAUUCAAAAGAAUAGUGUGAAAAGGUUCAAUAUUCUAAACACACCUGCAAAGGGUUCCUGAGGCUUUCGAUGGUCUCGCAGUCUAAGAUGAGUUACUGACAUAAAUGGACUUUUGCACCGGUUUCUAAUUUCUUAAGCUGUGCCUGUUUUAUUCUGUCUUUCUGGUGGGGCGGCAGUAGCUCAGGUGGUAGAGGGGGUUGCCUCAUGAUCGGAGGGUAUUCUGCUGUUGUGUCCUUGGGCAAGACACUUCACCCAACUUGCCUGUGUUGGUGGUGGUCAAAGGGGCCGACGGCGCCAAAUGCCUCAGCCUCGCCUCUGACAGACCGCCCCAGGGCAGCUGUGGCUACAAAGUAGCUCACCAUCACUGGCAGUGUGUGAAUGUGAGAGUGCAUGAGUGUCCUAAACAAGCCCUGUAUAAGUUCGAUGAUCAUUAUUUUUUAAAAAUAAAGUUUUGGAACUUUG